AUGUUUUUCACAAGACUCAGCGGUGACUGCGUCCAACAAAUAGCAGAUGGUCUCGACAGCCGUGACGCUCUCAGCCUCUCUUUAAGCUGCCGCGCUUUAAGGGACAUCGGAUUGCGCUCAGCGCUACGUUCGUACGGCCCACGCAAGUUCAAUCCUCCCAAGUUUGUAGCGUUCGUCAAGUUCUUCCUCUCCGGCCCUCGAAAUGGCUUCGCGAGUUCACUCCGCUCGCUCGCCCUCCGGAACUACACGCUCCCACAAGCUGUCGAUGAAGAGUGGGUACGCGCCUUGAUCCAACUGCUCGAAGGGGUGACGCUGCUCCGGGAUUUAUCGUUGUGCCACUGGGAUGAUCUCGUGAAGCAUUACUCUGCGCUGGGCACUGCACUUCGUAAUAGUUCUUCUAUCGGAUGGAUAGAGCUGCGCAAGAUUAAGUCGAUUACGGGAUCGCUGCUCGACCUCCCGGCUUCGCUGCACACGCUGUGCCUCACUGAUGUGUUCACGGAUUACGAAGGUCUGCACGCGCUGCUCUCUGCCGCAGCUUCCCUUCCUCGUUUGCACACUGUCGAGCUGCACAGGGUGCGCGCAAGGCAUUUCGAAUUCGACUGCUUCUCUGAUGACCCUCCCGUAGCUACGACUGUGCGCCGAUUUGUCCUCUACAGUUGCGAGCUUCCUUUCAUCGUGCUCGUGCGUGCGUUUCCAAAGGUGAGCCAUGUGGCGAUUUGGGACUCGGGCGAUCUAUACUUGGCCGACGAAGGGGUUGACGUGGUGUCUUCAUACGCUGACCCUCGCUGGGGGCACCUUGAGGACUUAUUCAUGAACUCAUCAUUCGCAGAGCCGAUAUUGGACGUGGUGAGCUCCGUGAGAAGUCUGGAGGUGGACUUUGAAUGUUCAGCGUGGGAGGCUAGUGGCGAAGUGCCAAUUGCUCCCGUUAUUGAGAGUGUAGAUGAGCAUCCAUGGCUUGGGUGGCUCGGUCCCAAGCACUACGCGGAUAUGAUUGCCGUUGAAGAAAACCCGGAGCGAUCGAUAGCUUCUGCGAUAUCAGCUCUGCUUCCGCUUCAUAUUACCCGCCUCGACCUCCGUUUUGUCUACAGGUCUCCGUUUUCUGGUGAAGAUGAUUUUCAUCCCGUCUCCACCGCAGCAAUCGAAAACAGGCCAAAGACGUAUCAUUGGCCAGAGGGUUAUGUUGCGACGCUGCUCGGCGCUGCGAAGGCGCUCCAUGAGUUGGAAUGGAUUGGAGUGUCGGUGUCGAGGGAUGUUGGAGUCAAAGUACAACGACAGUGGAGACUUCAGAAUGGGGAAUUGCGGGAGACAACAGAUAGGCAAGAUGAUGGGUUGAGAUGGCGACCGAAAGGAAAAUUGGAGGAACUGGACGAGUCCAUGUAGAGGGUGAAUCGAAGCAGAUUAGAAUUUUACUGUGUCAUCUUUACAUCAUCUUAUCGCUUU